AAAAGCAUUGAUUUUUUCUUUCUUUCAUUUGAAGAAUGAAUGAUAUGCUUAAACCAAAGACAGAGGUCAAUCUUUGUAUAAAAUCUUCUUAACUUCGCUUCUUUCAAAUACCACCCAGAGAGAGAGAGACUCACUCACUCACUCCCUAUUCGAUUCGAUUUUGUGAAAAUGGAGGAGGAGCAGCCGCCGCCGCCGCCGCAAGCGCCACCGCAGGGUCAGCAGCAGCCGGAACAUCACAAGAAAGAAGUGAUUCGAUUGGAGCGGGAGUCCGUUAUCCCAAUUCUGAAGCCUAAGCUGAUCAUGACCUUGGCCAACCUCAUUGAGCAUAGUGCUGACCGGGCUGAGUUUUUGAAGCUGUGUAAGAGAGUUGAGUACACCAUUCGUGCGUGGUACCUUCUGCAAUUCGAGGAUUUGAUGCAAUUGUACGCGCUCUUUGACCCUGUACAUGGGGCUCAGAAAUUGCAGCAACAAAAUCUCUCCGAAGAAGAAGUUGAUCUUCUUGAACAAAAUUUCCUUACAUAUCUAUUUCAGGUGAUGGAGAAGAGUAACUUCAAGAUUGCCAGUGAUGAUGAGAUUGAAGUGGCACUUUCAGGCCAAUAUCUCCUUAAUCUUCCUAUCACCGUUGAUGAUUCUAAGCUUGACAAGAAGCUUCUAAAGAAAUAUUUUCAGGACCAUCCUCACGAAGACCUUCCUGAUUUUUCUGAUAAGUAUGUAAUCUUUAGACGUGGCAUUGGAAUUGAUCAAACAACUGAUUACUUUUUCAUGGAGAAAGUAGACAUGAUCAUUGGGAGAUUUUGGUCAUAUAUUUUACGAUUAACAAGGUUAAAUAAAAUUUUUUCAAGAAGGCCAAGUGGGAAACAUAAGAAAGAUCCAAAGAAGGAUGAUGAGAUAAUCCCAGAUGCAGAUCAGGAAGACCUCUGCGUUGAAAGGAAGAGGCUUGAAAAUAUGGAAUUAAGUGUAGGCAAAUUGCUGACCAAGACAACAAUCCAAGAACCAACCUUCGAUAGGAUAAUUGUUGUUUACAGGCGAGCAAGUGCCAAGGGAAAAUCAGAACGAGGAGUAUAUGUGAAGCAUUUUAAAAACAUUCCGAUGGCUGAUUUGGAGAUAGUUCUUCCAGAGAAGAAAAAUCCAGGCUUAACUCCAAUGGACUGGGUCAAGUUCCUUAUAUCUGCUGUGGUUGGGCUGGUUGCCCUUGUUAGUUCACUCGAAAUGCCUAAUGCUGAUCUCUUCGUCAUGUUUGCUGUUAUUUCUGGUGUGAUUGGUUACUGUGCUAAGACAUACUUCACUUUUCAGCAAAAUAUGGCUUCAUAUCAGAACUUAAUAACUCAGUCGAUGUAUGACAAACAACUAGAUAGCGGGAAGGGUACACUUCUUCACCUAUGCGAUGAUGUCAUUCAACAGGAAGUCAAGGAGGUAAUUAUAUCAUUCUUCAUAUUGAUGGAACAAGGAAAAGCAACCAGACAGGAUCUGGAUCGGUGGUGUGAGGAACUAAUCAAAGAAGAGUUUAAUGAAAGCUGUAAUUUUGACGUGGAUGAUGCUGUUCAAAAGUUAGAGAAGUUGGGAAUUGUUGCUCGGGAUUCCGUUGGACGAUUUUACUGUGUUGGGUUGAAACGCGCCAACGAGAUCAUUGGAACCACCACUGAGGAACUCGUCUUAAAGUUCAAACACGGCAGUGCUACAUGAACCGGAGCUGCUUUCUUAUGCACAAAAAUGACCAAAAUUUACUUGAGAGAUGUUAUGCUUUCAUUCGGAUGAAAAAAGAAAUCUUAGUUGGUUCACUGUGGAUUAUUACUAUAUUAUCUUGUGUGUGUUGUAUAUGUUUUUAGUUUUAGUGAUUUGUAAUUGUAAACAAUAAAUUCAGUAGUUUUUCAACCUCUUCUAUACAUAUAUUGCUUUUUAAUCAAAUUAAUGUUUAAAGGCAAUGAUUGUAUCUUGAAGGUGAAAAGCAUUUCAAUAGGUAAUCUGGAACUUAUCUUGAAUAGUAAAUAGACCCACCAUGUAUUUUGUUUU